AUGUACGGUGAAGCGAGAGUCAAGCACUGGCGCGGCAGCGACGAUGUUCUGCCAGAGUGCGUCGACAAAACAGACCCCCGGCACCCGGCCAACGAUCGUCUGUACAAGGAUGUUCCCCCGGAGGAGCUGCCGGGAGGGGAGUCCUUGACGAUCACAGCAGCCAGAGUUAUCCCGUACUGGACGAAGACAAUUCUUCCUUUGCUGACAGGCCAGAAGAGCAUCUUGGUCGUGGCGCACCGUGACUCCCUCCGAGUUCUCUUCGGGCACAUUGAGGGCACGGAAGCCAGCUCCGUGUUCGACGGCACCUCCCAGACAGCUCCCUUGUGCUUCGACUUCAGUGAUGACGGCACCUUCGUGAAGAGGUACAGCUUGAGUACUCUUAGCCCGGAGCUCGGCUUGAGUCCUUCGCGGCUGGGCCUCACGCGCUUCCACAACCAACCGGGCAGCCAGUACAAGAAGAUCGGGGAGGUUGUCUUCUUGAGGCAUGGAGAGAGCGAGUGCAAUCUCAAGGAGCAGUUCACCGGCUGGGAGGACUCGGGUAUGACGCCGAAGGGGGUGAUGCAAGCGAAGAAGGCAGGUCGCUUCUUGAAGGAUCACAACUUCAAGUUCGAUGUCGUCUUCACUUCAGUCCUCAGCCGUGCUAUUGAGUCCGCCACGUACAUCUGUGAGGAGUCGAAUAACACCCAUGCACCGGUGGUGAAGCACUGGUGUCUCAACGCCCGGCAUCCGGGUGUCCUACAGGGCUUGACGAAGCACCAGGCUAUCGUGCUGUAUGGUAAGGAGAAGGUCAACAUUUGGCGCGGUAGCUAUGACGUGAUGCCGGAGUGCGUCGGCCUGGACGACGUGCGGCAUCCUGUGAAUAACCCGCUCUACGCGGGUAUCCCGAAAUCCGAGCUUCCACCAGGUGGCGAAUCCUUGGCCCGGACUGUAGACCGAAUCGUGCCCUACUGGCGAAAGUGCAUCGCCCCUCGCAUCAUGUCCGGUGAGUCCGUGCUCGUGGUCGGCCAUAAAAACUCCCUCAAGGCGCUUUUCAUGUACCUCGAGGACACAUCUGAGCAUGACAUGUUCGAUGUCAAGCCAGUCUCGACCACUGCCCCACUGGUGAUGGAGUUCGGAGUGUGCGAGUUCAGCGGGCGGCUGAUGAUUCUGAGAAAGUAUUUUGUGAAGCACACUCUGGAAGAAGGUCUGGCUCAGAGCCGGUGCAUGGAUGGCUCCUUCCACAAGUGA